GUUCUAGUUGGAUGGUCCAGACCAACAAUUCUUGGUUUUUCCCACAGCAUUCUACUUGGCAACUGCCCAAAUUAAGUUGCAUGAGCACAUCAUUAGAGCCCAGGCAACCAGAACGUUUGCCUGCAUGUAUAAAUCCCAGUACUCACAUGUUUUCUGUGAGUAGGUCAAUGCCAGGGUCUCUAGUUCCUGGUAUAAAUCCUGGCAUUCAUGCAGUUCCUGCAACUAUGGCAAUGCCAAGGUCUGCAGAUAUUUCCACUUUGAAAACAGAACAAAAGUAUCAUUCUGAUCAGUUGCUUCAGCAGUUAUACCCCUGUUUCCCAACAUCAUUGCCCUCUCUAGGUUCAUAUCUCAAAGAACAGCAAUUGAUGAUUGCUAAAGGGUACAGUGGCAGGGCUACAGCUAAUGUGGUGUCUGGCUUCUUGCAGAAAGGACUGGUAAUUUUUGAUCAGUCAGGGAGUCAGACAAGGUUGAUAUAUGGUUCUGUUCCCCCUACAUCUCAAUAUGCAACCACUGCUGUUACAGAACCGGCUUCUUGUCUUGAUUUGCAUGAAGGGCAAGCAGUUAAAAUGAGUCCUUUUACUCCGACACCACCAACUCUACAGGAGGAAUUUGAUGAGAACCAUUUGAGUGUUGAAGAGAGUGAGAUGCAUGAAGAUACUGAAGAACUCAAUGCCUUACUUUACUCUGAUGAAGAGGAUGAUGAUUAUCAUGAUGGUGAUGAUGACGAAGUAAUGAGCACUGAUCACUCUCCGUUUCCAAUUAAACGAAACUACCAGAAUGAAGACCAAGUUGGUGAUGUAAUGGAGGAAGUUGCUAGCUCUGAUGGUCCAAACAAAAGGCAAAAACUGCUGAAUGGUGGGCAUAAGCAAUCAUCAAUGGUGGAUACUGCUUGUUCAGUGAAAUUGGAAGGCUCUCACGAGUAUGAUGGUGAUGCAGAAUCAAGCUACGCCAUUGGACAUAAUCAAAGAGAGGAAAUUGAUUCCAGUUUACGUAGUAAACAGUCAAAGAAGGAUAAGAUUCGCUUCACAUUAAAAAUUCUGGAGAGCAUAAUACCUGGUGCCAGGGGAAAGAACCCAUUGUUGGUCCUUGAUGAAUCUAUAGAGCACUUGAAGUCUUUAAAGCUCGAAGCCAAGAGUUUAGGAUUGAGCCACUACUGACUCGCACUUUCUCCUUGUAGUAAGUUGUUGGCUAAAUGGUGGAAAGUAAGGAUGAGAAAGAAGUAAUUCUUGGCUUGAAUGAUUGAUGAAUUUGAAAUCACUACACCGGCUUUUGCUCUGUGGGGUCCUCCGUUUGUCGUCUUUUACUUUCCGAAGGAGCUGUACAGUGUAUAUAAUGGGCCGAUAAAGGAGGUGAUGUAAGUAACGGGAUGCUAUUCUCUCUUUUGCUUAAAGGAGGUGACGGGAAAAACGGGGUUUUGUUUGUUGACCAGAAAUGAUUAUCUUUUUGCUUUUAGAUGGGAUUUAUUAGAAGGAAAAUAAAAAUAACAAAAAAGUCACCAAGGCUUUGAACGCAUGGGGAGGCUGCUAGUGGUGGUCUGUGCUGUCAAACGAGGCCCCCCUUUUCCGGAAGCGUUGAGAGCCCCCCUCCCAUGGACUUAGUGCAUGCGCGUUAGGUAACUCGGGUCCCACUAUCCACCCUGUUUCUUUGUUUCACUUGAUUUUACGCUUUGUCCUCUCUCAUUACCUUGGAAACACAUCAUGUUGAUAUUAAUCCCCAUAAAGUGUGAAGACAAGUUUCCUGGGUUGGGAUAUAUACAUGCAUGGAGAGCAUACUCUGUCUCUUUUGGGGUCCAUCUUUGAUCAAAUCAUAUAGGAAAAGUUUGGCUUGUUUUCACGUGAGUGCUUGAGAAGAUAUGGUAACAUUGUACAGCAUAUAUACGGUGUGAUGUGUGACCAUAGUCCGUGGUCUGAACGUUUUGGCUUGUUUCUGGUGUUGCAGGGUUUUUUGUUUGUAUAAGUUGGAAGAUGUGUGUACCGAUAAUUGGAGCGUGAACGAUUGAGCUUUGGCUCCAACUAUGAAUUUGUUGUACUAUCACUUUCAAUGGUACGUGUGAAUGGAAAAGGAUGUGUUGUGUUUU